ACGCUAAUCGACUGCAUCUCUCUGGAUAGCCGCUUCUGAGUGGCUGCGCGCUGCCUGUGGCCCAAAGUUUCGGAUACUACCCUGGUGUGGCAUCUCUCUCACACUUUUAUAUCCCUUCUUAUCCUCCUCCCGGUAACCGCAGCCGAUCGAACCUGACCCGGGCCUGACCGAGCCGAGCCGACGCGUGCCGAAUCCGGCAUCAUGUUGGACCCUAUCACCCAGGAGCUUGCUAAGGACAAGCCUCCCGUCGACGGCGAGACUGGAGAGAACGGCACUGCCGCCGAUGAGGACAGCGACGACUGGGAGGACCAAGAUGACGGCUUCGUCGAUGUCAAAGCCUCGGCCGGCCUGCACCACCGAAAUAUCGACAACCGGCUCGCCUCCGUCCAGAACCGCCUGCCCUUCUCCUUCCAUCCCAACUUCCGACCCCUGACCAUCUCCGACCUCGACAGCUGCGAGGUCCUCGAGAACGGCGCGUUCGAGAACCCCGCGCACCGAUGCACCAGAGAGAAGUUUGAGUACCGCCUGACGGCGUGCCCCGAGAUAUGUUUUGGAGUAUUCUGCACCAUCCUUCCCGAGGAUUUUGAGCGAUUUCAGAUCGACACCUUCCCGACGUCGCACGCCGUCGAAACCCGUCGCGAGAACGGCGGGAGAAGCGUCCUCGUGGCCCACAUCGUCGCGACCAAAUCAGACGAAGCGGUCGUGACUGACGCCGCCAUGGGCUACCCCCGCGACUUUCGCGCCCGGACGCCCGGCACCUCCCUGCUCGGCCACGACGACACCGGCCGGACCGUCUGCAUCCACUCCCUCGCCGUCCACCCCAGGCUCCAGUCCUGCGGCCUCGGCAAGUGCAUCGUGAAGUCUUAUCUCCAACACGUCCAGAGUUCCGGCUUCGCCGACCGCUGCGCCCUCAUCUGCCAGGACUAUCUAGUGAGCUAUUAUGAAAAGCUCGGAUUCUCACACAUGGGGCCGAGCUCGGCCGGCUUCGGUGGUGGAGGUUGGAACGACAUGGUGCUCGACUUCGAUAGAUUCCACAUGCAUAUGCCAGAGAUCAAGAUCUGAACUUGGUUUCCUUUUUUUUUUUUUCUUCCCGCGCGCAUUCCCCCAACUAUUCUCUGCCGCGGGACGUCUAUCCUCGGAAGGAGAGGGAACGCGACGUAGCGGCGGUAAGACGACGCCUAGAGAGACCGCAGUGCCAGGUGGCACAAUGAGUGAGAUAAUAAGCCUUUACGUCCGUCUGGCCUCGACGCGGCGGACACGAGCAACAGUUUGCGAGCCCCGACGCCCAAUCACGAGGAGGUUAGGGGCCGGGGGGC